ACAGCGAGGGAGAGAGGGGGAAAUGUGCAUCCAUAAGCUACAAUCCUGUAAUAAGGACGUCAUCUUGUUCUCCCUUCUCCAGCGUUUACGGGCUUUAUCAGCAGUGCAUUACAGUGCAGUAUUUGUGGUUCAGUAUUUCCUUCUUGUCUAAAAAUACCAGAGUGACCAUUUUUAAAGUAGGUCCGCCUCACUUCACAGGGACGCACAGAAACGACUGCAGGCUAACGGCACACUACAGUCUGCGUGCUGCUGCUAGCUAAAGGUACAGCUGUUCACAACUCUACACCAGCUGCACCGUCUCUCCGUCCAUCCCGCCGGAGGGACGCGGACAGCCUAGAGGGGACAGAUGAACGAGCUGGUGAAGAGCUUGCCCUCCCCGACUCUCCCGGGGCUCCACCUGCCUUGUCUGGACACCCACAAGGGCUGGCUCUUCAAAUGGACCAACUACCUGAAGGGCUACCAGCGGCGCUGGUUCGUCCUCAGCAACGGCCUGCUGUCCUACUACAGGACUCAGGCAGAGAUGGCGCACACUUGCAGAGGCACCAUUCCCCUGGCGAAAGCUCACAUCGAGGUGGGUGACACCUGUCACUUCGUGUUAACCAGCGGAGGCCGAACAUACCACCUGAAGGCCACAUCUGAGGGGGAGUGUCAGAGAUGGGUGUCAGCCCUGCAACAAGCAAAGGCUAAUGCCACGCUCCUGGUGCAUCACUCAGAUGACUCAGGAGAUGAAACCCCUGUGCCUCAGGAGGACCGUGCCCUCACCCAAGGAGCACUGCAGUCCCUGGCCACCAAGUUGGAGGAUCUGAGCACCUGUAAUGAGCUGAUCGGAAAGCACGGUGCCGCUCUCCAGCGCUCCCUCAGCGAACUUGAAGACCUGCGUGGGCCCACCGAAGGCACGGACAAAGUGAAAGCCAUUAAUGAGCGAGCCACCCUCUUCCGCAUCACCUCUAAUGCUAUGAUCAAUGCUUGUCGGGACUUUUUGGAUGUGGCAGAAUCUCACAGCCGGCGGUGGCAGAAGGCUCUGCACUAUGAGAGAGAACAGCGCCACCAUCUGGAGGAGACCAUUGAACAGUUAGCCAAACAGCACAACAGCCUGGAGAGAGCGUGGAGGGAGAAUCCCACCUCAUAUACAGGUGUGGAGCGGUCUCAAGAGGGGGAUGCAAGUGAUGAAAAUGAAGAAGCUGAGUUCUUUGAUGCCGUGGAGGACGCCCCUUCAUUCAUAACUGUGACUACCACUGGAAAUAUCCGACACAAGCGCUCAGGCAGUAACCAGAGUAUGAUGAGUGGAGGAGUGCCCAAUGACUGGACUCACAAUGAGAGUGACACCUCAGGCACAAACCAGAUGCAGCUACGAAGAACAAGACGCAGUCGUAUCCCUGACAAACCAAACUACUCCCUCAACUUGUGGAGCAUCAUGAAAAACUGUAUCGGAAAGGACCUAUCUAAGAUUCCCAUGCCUGUAAACUUCAACGAGCCGCUGUCGAUGCUGCAGCGCCUGACGGAGGAUUUGGAGUACAGCGAGCUGCUGGACCGGGCGGCUCGGUGCGACUCCUCCCUGGAGCAGAUGUGCCUCGUGGCCGCCUUUUCCGUCUCUUCCUACUCAACCACAGUCCAUCGAACCGCCAAGCCCUUCAACCCUCUGCUGGGGGAGACUUAUGAGCUGGACCGACUGGAGGAGUACGGCUAUCGCUCCAUCUCUGAGCAGGUUAGCCAUCAUCCACCAGCUGCGGCCCACCAUGUGGCAUCAGAGCGAGGAUGGACUCUGUGGCAGUACAUAACUAUUGAUAGCAAGUUUCGUGGGAAAUAUAUUUCCGUCGUGCCGUUAGGUAACAUUCACCUGCAGUUCCACUCAAGUGGAAACCAUUACGUGUGGAGCAAAGUGACUUCCACAGUGCACAACAUCAUUGUAGGGAAACUUUGGAUAGAUCAGUCUGGAGACAUUGACAUUAUGAACACCACCACGAAGGACACCUGCCGUCUCAAAUUCUCCCCAUACAGCUACUUCUCCAGGGAAGUUCCACGAAAAGUGACCGGCGUGGUGGAGGAUGGAGAGGGAACAGCCCAUUACAUCCUGUCGGGGACCUGGGAUGACAAAAUGGAAAGCGCAAAAAUAGUGGAAAGCAGCCGGGGAUGUGGAGGCUCUGAAGGCAAACAAAAAACUGUGUAUCAGACUCUUCAGCCCAAACUCCUGUGGAAAAAAUACCCUCUUCCAGACAAUGCAGAGAACAUGCACUAUUUCUCCGCCCUGGCACUGACCUUGAACGAGCCGGAGGACGGCGUUGCCCCAACCGACAGCCGUCUGCGACCGGACCAGCGGCUGAUGGAGGCGGGCUUGUGGGACGAGGCGAACAUCGAGAAGCAGCGGCUUGAGGACCACCAGAGGAUGGAGAGGAAAAGAAGGGAGGCGCAAGCUAACCAGGCCCUGGAGGAAGGGCAAGAGGUGGAAAGUUACCAGCCAGUGUGGUUUGAGAUGAGAACAGACGAAAACACAGGAGAAGCAUCCUGCAUGUACAGAGGCGGCUACUGGGAAGCUAAAGAGAGACAAGACUGGAGUCACUGUCCUGAGAUCUUCUAGGAAUCUGGUAGUUUUUUUUUUUUUUUGGUGGGGGGGGUUAGGUGGGCUUAGAUGAGCAGGUGGCAUUGGUUGAGAUGGCUAACUCCUCAGCUUCUAAAGCACAAAACCUCCAGCCUCUACUUUCUGUGUAUAUGUGUUCCCUCGCUGUUACAGCUGUUCUACCAGGAUGCAUGGCUUCGGUUGAUAUACGCUUCCAUGCUCUGCAGAACUUUUUAUGUGAGCAGUUCAAGUUCUGUGUGCCUGUCUGCGAGUGUGAGUGGACUUUAGUUUACACAGAACCAAUUUCAGCACAAAACGCACCUAACUGAGUGUGCAUGGACGAUCCCGGGGGCAUGGAGCUCCCUGGGUGUACAAGCACCAAAUGUCCUUCUCUAAUCAGAGAUGGAGGAUAUUAGUGUUUGAAAGAGUGGUACAAAAGCCACCUUCUGUACUGUGAAGUUGUCUCAGCAGAGCAUGAUUUACUGAUCCUUCACAUUCUUUGUUGUUUUGUGCUAGUGUUUUUUCAAAAUUGCACAACAGUAUCCUGCAGCACAAACUGAACCCAGAGUGGCCUCUUAAAAACAAGAACCUCGUUUCGUUGAGAUGAAAGAAACUGUCAGUUUAACAUUUGUAAGCUAGUUCCCUUCAAACACAGAUCAAUGCAGAACCCCAGAGAUCAUGUAUGACUGAACUAAAGGAGUUUUAUCGAGUCCAUGACGAAAUGAAAGCUGCAGUAUUAGUGUAAAUUAGUGCUAAUCUUAGAUGUCAGAGACGGCAAAGUGGAGAUUUUUGUACAUCUAACAGAGUAUAAGAGAAGACGACUUUGAUUUUUGACCCAUUUGGGCGUCUAAUCUAAUUUGAGCAAUUUCCAAAGCAUUAGUCAUUCCAGUAAAAGGCUAAACUGUAUAAGUGCUUCAGAAAUGUCCCUAAUUUGUACAAAUCUUCAAUUUAAUGGCAAAAGUUUGCAUUUUUCAUCAUCUUUCUACGUAUUAUCCUCUACAAAGCACCAUUUUCUUUUAUUUUUCAAAAUAAAAUGCACAGUUUGAGAAUAUUCCAACCAUUUCAUGAGAGCUCAGGUGAUUCAUACCUCUAUCACUGAUUAUUAAGCUUAAUAAGGUCAUACAACUCGAGCAGACAAAAUGUUACAAGCGUUUAAAGCCCUUAAAAGCACAGAUGGCUCAACUUUCUAGAUGAAACUGCCCAAUUAAACUUAAUGAUGAGGGAGAACAGCUCAAUUCAUAAUCCAUGAUUUUUUUUCAGCCUGUAUGAUCUAUAAAUGAGUUUUGUCGAGAGACUGCUUUUGUGAACCAAACACUCUGUAAGGGGUUUAGCUGAUAGGCAAAUUGAACAUGAAAGCACUUUAAAGAAACAUUAAAGUCUGCUGGAUUGUUUUUUAAUAAAGCACAUCAUCUCGGAUGAAACUAGUGGAAUAAUCCGAUCUGAUUAGACAUUGAUGUGAAGAGUCACUGUUCCUAACUGUGUUUGCGCCGUAGGACAGAUACUGAGCACCUUUUAACGAAUCCCAUCCCAUCAAGGUUGCAACAUCUUUAUGUGGGAACAAAUGCAAUAAUUCAUAGACUAGUCGAAAUCACGUUUGGCAAAACUGAUAGAGAUGUGCAAUUUUUCACCAGUAGGUUGUUUGAGAGGUCACUACUUUAGAUUAGGUUAUAGACAAGAAUAAUUAGAUUUUUUUUUCAUUAGUUCCUUUUUUUCUAUCAAAUUCCAAACCUGGCCUGAUUUAUGAAAUUGAUAAAUGAUUACAGUAUUACUUAUAAAUCAUAGUUAAAUUACAAUUGUGUCAGAAAUUGGAACUGGAAACUGGGAAUCUCGACUGAUUUGAGAGCCUUCUAGAUUUUAGGGUAAAUACUUUUUUCCAUCACUCACAUUCUGCUUCCUGUCUACCACAAAUUCUAAUAUUAGGUGAAAAAAAAGCAACUAUUGGAAGCAAGAUAAUUUUAUUCCCACGUCUAGUCAACAAGGUCAGAAAAACUCUUUAGUUGAGAAAUGGUUGCAGAGCCAUGAAGAAAAAUCCUGUUUCCUUUUAAUGGAAUCUAAAACAUUUAAACCACAUAAAUACUUUGACAACUCUAAAGUACAUACCUGAAAAUAUGUGAAGACUCAAUUUUAGGAGUUUCUCUGAUGCAGAAAUCAGUUCAUCCUUCAGGUUUGCACACAAUGAGAACUUAUAUUGGUGCUUAAUGAUAAUUAUAGCCUUAGAACAUGUAACAAAAGACUAAUAUAGUAAGUCUGACCUAGAAACAGAAAAAACGUUUUAUACAGAUGUUUAUUAUGUUCAGACUUAUACAGAAUGCAUUCAGGUGAUUGUUUUGGGUAACAAAGUUCAGUUUAGAAUAUUAAUAUGUUAACUAUUUUCCCUAUACAAAGUUUAAGAAAUCUAGAUAUUCAUGACAGAUGUGUAUAUGUAAAUAUAAUUUUUUUUUGUUCUUGCCGCUUUAUUAAAAUGCUAAAUGUCAGCAAUAAUGCAAUAUGAACAGCUACUUAAGUACAAAAAAGCACUACUGUGUCAAAUUAGUAUAGAUUUCCAUUAGAUGAGUGGUGGAUUAGUUGCUAAUAUGCACAUGGACAUCCAUAAUAAAUACCCUCCAUAUCUAAUACUCAUGUGUAUUUAUACCUUACUGUGUACAAUAAUAGGGCAUGGUUCACAUAUAUAGCUGUCUGGUUAGUAUUUUAGAAGCUAAUCAACUAAAUCACUGUAAAAUGUUUGGCAAUGUUUGAAUAUCGAUGCUUAAACACUCCAUCUUCUGGUUUUGAAUAGUCGAAACCAAACACAGCUAAUGAGAUGUUGUAGAGACUGAAUUAUGAAUGUAAGAGGAUUAGAUGCUGUAUGUCAUAUUAUUCUAAAUGUAUGAAAUCCUGUUCAAAUAAAGCACAAGGUCUUCUUGAUCUGCUGUAACACUGUACAGAAUCCAGAGGUUUUCAUCGCAGCACACACAGUAGCUAUGCAUGGUUUCAGAGUUCAAAUGCACUUUUGUACUAGUGAGCAGCCUUCUAACCUUGCUAAGUGUUUGUGGAUUGCCAAUGAAACAUGAUGUAAAUUCACCUUUUGUGCCCAAUUACCUCAAAGUUUCAAUUUUCCAAAUCAAAUAAAAAUACUAUAAAAGAAACUCUGA